CUAUCAAAGGACCCAAAGGAGAUGGUGAUAGCAGUGGUAGUGACACAUCAGAUGGUCAUGGUGGAAGAAUCAAACGAAAGUUAAAAAUGCCUUCUGGUGGUUUUGGAAUCUCUGGUGGUAUGAAAGGUCCCAAAGGAGAUGGUGAUAGCAGUGGUAGUGACACAUCAGAUGGCCAUGGUGGAAGAAUCAAACGCAAAUUAAAAAUGCCUUCUGGUGGUUUUGGAAUCUCUGGUGGUAUCAAAGGACCCAAAGGAGAUGGUGAUAGCAGUGGUAGUGACACGUCAGAUGGUCAUGGUGGAAGAAUAAAACGCAAAAUAAAAAUGCCUUCUGGUGGUAUUGGAAUCUCGGGUGGUAUCAAAGGACGAAAGGGAGAUAGUGAUAGCAGUGACAGUUCUACGUCUGAUGGUGAAGGUGGAAGGAUCAAGAGGAAAUUGAAACUUCCGUCUGUUGGAAUUCAAGGUGGUGCUGGUGGUAAAAUAGAUGGUGAUUUCAAACAUUCAAAAUCGAAAGGUGACAGCAGUGACAGUUCUGAUGAUGAAGGACACAAGAAAAAGGGCAAAUUCCACAUUGGUCUACCGAAGUUUGGGUUUGGAAGUAAAAAGUCUAAGGGAAAGAAGAAAUCCAAAAAAGGAAAAGACAGUGAUAGUAGUGGAAGUGAGACAUCUGAUGGCGAAGGAGGAAGAAUAAAAAGAAAACUGAAAGUCCCCAAAGUUGGCCUUGAUGCAGGAAUCUCGGGAAAAGGUGGCAAAGACAGUGAUAGUGGUAGUGACACAUCUGAUGGUCAUGGUGGAAGAAUCAAACGAAAGUUUAAAAUGCCUUCUGGUGGUUUUGGCAUCUCGGGUGGUAUCAAAGGACCCAAGAGAGAUGGUGAUAGCAGUGGUAGUGAAACAUCUGAUGGUAAUGGCGGGAGAAUAAAACGAAAGUUAAAAAUGCCUUCAGGAGGAAUUGGAAUCUCUGGUGGUAUCAAAGGUCCUAAAGGUGAUGACAGUGACAGUGACACAUCCGAUGGUAACGGUGGGAGAAUAAAACGAAAGCUCAAACUCAAAGGUCCUAAAUUUGGCAUUGGUUUUGAUGGUGGUGCUGAUGGGAAAAUUAAAGGAUCUAAAUCAGGCAGUGAUAGUAGUGACAGUUCUACCUCUGAUGGUGAAGGUGGAAGGAUCAAGAGGAAAUUGAAACUUCCAUCUGUUGGAAUUGAAGGUGGUGCUGGUGGGAAAAUAGAAGGUGAUUUCAAACAUUCAAAAUCGAAAGGUGACAGCAGUGACAGUUCUGAUGAUGAAGGACACAAGAAAAGAGGCAAAUUCCACAUUGGUCUGCCGAAGUUUGGAUUUGGAAGUAAAAAGUCUAAAGGAAAGAAGAAAUCCAAAAAGGGAAAAGACAGUGAUACCAGUGGAAGUGAGACAUCUGAUGGCGAAGGAGGAAGAAUAAAAAGAAAACUGAAAGCCCCCAAAGUUGGCCUUGGCAUUGAUGCAGGAAUUUCAGGAAAAGGUGGCAAAGACAGUGAUAGUGACACAUCUGACGGUCAUGGUGGGAGAAUCAAACGCAAGUUUAAAAUGCCUUCUGGUGGUUUUGGAAUCUCUGGUGGUAUCAAAGGACCCAAAGGAGAUGGUGAUAGCAGUGGUAGUGACACUUCAGAUGGCCAUGGUGGAAGAAUCAAACGCAAAUUAAAAAUGCCUUCUGGUGGUUUUGGAAUCUCUGGUGGUAUCAAAGGACCCAAGAGAGAUGGUGAUAGCAGUGGUAGUGAAACAUCAGAUGGUCAUGGUGGCAGAAUAAAACGAAAGUUAAAAAUGCCUUCUGGUGGAAUUGGAAUCUCUGGAGGUAUCAAAGGUCCUAAAGGUGAUGACAGUGACAGUGACACAUCCGAUGGUAAUGGUGGGAGAAUAAAACGAAAGCUCAAACUCAAAGGUCCUAAAUUUGGCAUUGGUUUCGAUGGUGGUGCUGAUGGAAAAAUUAAAGGAUCUAAAUCAGGCAGUGAUAGUAGUGACAGUUCUACCUCUGAUGGUGAAGGUGGAAGGAUCAAGAGGAAAUUGAAACUUCCAUCUGUUGGAAUUGAAGGUGGUGCUGGCGGGAAAAUAGAAGGCGAUUUCAAACAUUCAAAAUCGAAAGGUGACAGCAGUGACAGUUCUGACGAUGAAGGACACAAGAAAAGGGGCAAAUUCCAUAUUGGUCUGCCGAAGUUUGGAUUUGGAAGUAAAAAAUCUAAAGGAAAGAAGAAAUCCAAAAAGGGAAAAGGUAGUGGCAGUGGUACAUCGGAUGAUGAAUCGAAAAAGGCAAAGGUUGAACUUCCAUCAGUUGAUAUUCAAGGCGGCAUUCAGAAGGUUGAAGUUGACACUCAACUGGAAUCCCAACCACCUGGACAUGGAGAUAUUUCUGGAGAUAUAGACAUGCCAAAGCUAGGUGGUGACAGUGGUAGUGAGACAUCCGAUGGUCAUGGUGGAAGAAUAAAACGUAAACUCAAAAUGCCUUCUGGUGGUUUUGGAAUCUCUGGUGGUAUCAAAGGACCCAAAGGUGAUAGCAGUGGUAGUGACACAUCAGAUGGUCAUGGUGGAAGAAUCAAACGCAAAUUAAAACUGCCUUCUGGUGGUUUCGGAAUCUCUGGUGGAAUCAAAGGACCCAAAGGAGAUGGUGAUAGCAGUGGUAGUGACACGUCAGAUGGUCAUGGUGGAAGAAUCAAACGCAAGUUAAAAAUGCCUUCUGGUGGUUUUGGAGUAGCUGGUGCUAUCAAACGUCCAAAAGGUGGUGACAGCGACAGUGACACAUCUGACGGUAAUGGUGGAAGAAUAAAGCGAAAGCUCAAACUUAAAGGUCCUAAAUUUGGUAUUGGUUUCGAUGGUGGUGCUGGUGGGAAAAUUAAAGGAUCUAAAUCAGGCAGUGACAGUGACACGUCAGAUGGUCAUGGUGGAAGAAUCAAACGCAAGUUAAAAAUGCCUUCUGGUGGUAUUGGAAUCUCGGGUGGUAUCAAAGGACCAAAGGGAGACGGUGAUAGCAGUGACAGUUCUACAUCUGAUGGUGAAGGUGGAAGGAUCAAGAGAAAAUUGAAACUUCCAUCCGUAGGAAUUAAAGGCAGCGCUGGCGGAAAAAUAGAAGGUGAUUUCAAACAUUCAAAAUCGAAAGGUGACAGCAGUGACAGUUCUGACGAUGAAGGACACAAGAAAAAAGGCAAAUUCCACAUUGGUCUGCCGAAGUUUGGUUUUGGUGGUAAAAAGUCAAAAGGAAAGAAGUCCAAGAAAGGAAAGGACAGUGAUACGAGUGGAAGUGAGACGUCUGAUGGUGAAGGAGGAAGAAUUAAACGAAAACUGAAAGCUCCUAAAAUUGGCCUUGGUAUUGAUGCAGGGAUUUCAGGAAAAGGUGACAGCGAUAGCGACACAUCUGACGGUAAUGGUGGGAGAAUAAAAAGAAAAUUGAAACUACCUUCUGGUGGUAUUGGAAUAUCUGGUGGUAUCAAAGGACCCAAAGGUGAUAGCAGUGGUAGUGACACAUCAGAUGGCCAUGGUGGAAGAAUCAAACGCAAAUUAAAAAUGCCUUCUGGUGGUUUUGGAAUCUCUGGUGGUAUCAAAGGACCCAAAGGAGAUGGUGAUAGCAGUGGUAGUGACACAUCAGAUGGUCAUGGCGGAAGAAUCAAACGCAGGUUAAAAAUGCCUUCUGGUGGUAUUGGUAUCUCUGGUGGUAUCAAAGGACCAAAAGGAGAUGGUGAUAGCAGUGGCAGUGAAACUUCUGAUGGCAAUGGUGGGAGAAUAAAACGAAAACUAAAACUGAGAGGUCCUAAAUUUGGUAUUGGUUUUGGUGGUGGUGCCCAUGGAAAAAUGAAAGGAUCUAAAUCAGGCAGUGAUAGUGACAGUGAUACAUCUGAUGGUCAAGGAGGAAGAAUCAAGAGAAAAUUAAAGGGGCCAAAGAUCGGGAUUGGUGGUGGCAUUUCUGCUGAUAUCAAGGGAUCCAAACCGGAUGACAGUGGUAGUUCUACUUCUGAUGGUGAAGGGGGAAGGAUCAAGAGAAAACUGAAACUUCCAUCUGUUGGAAUGGAAGGUGGUGCUGGUGGGAAAAUAGAUGGUGACAGUUCCGAUAAAGGACACAAGAAAAAGGGCAAAUUCCACAUUGGCCUCCCGAAGUUUGGGUUUGGAAGUAAAAAGUCUAAAGGAAAAAGGAAAUCCAAAAAAGGAAAAGACAGUGAUACCAGUGGAAGUGAAACCUCUGAUGGUGAAGGAGGAAGAAUUAAAAGAAAACUGAAAGCCCCCAAAGUUGGCCUUGGCAUUGAUGCAGGAAUUUCAGGAAAAGGUGGCAAAGACAGUGAUAGUGGUAGUGACACAUCUGAUGGUCAUGGUGGAAGAAUCAAACGAAAGUUAAAAAUGCCUUCCGGCGGUUUUGGUAUCUCGGGUGGUAUCAAAGGACCCAAGAGAGAUGGUGAUAGCAGUGGUAGUGAAACAUCUGACGGUCAUGGUGGCAGAAUAAAGAGAAAGCUGAAACUUCCAUCUGGAGGCGCGAGUGUUGAUGCAGCUGUGGACGUUGAUCGCAAGGGCAAAGGAGACAUUUCUGAUGAUGAGCACAAAAAGAAAUUCAAACUUCCAAAGAUUAAAUUUGGCAGCCUACGAAAAUCUAAGUCGAAGAAAAAAGAUUCUAGUUCUGAUGCUGAACACAACAUCGAUAUACCAUCUGUUGAUGUAGAAGCUGGAAUCCCGAAAGCCGAUGUUGACGUUCAAUUACAAUCGCAACCACCAACACUAGACGAUAGCGGCAGUGAUACGUCAGAUGGUCAUGGUGGAAGAAUCAAACGCAAAUUAAAAAUGCCUUCUGGUGGUUUUGGAAUCUCAGGUGGUAUCAAAGGACCAAAAGGAGAUGGUGAUAGCAGUGGUAGUGACACAUCAGAUGGUCACGGUGGAAGAAUCAAACGCAAAUUAAAAAUGCCUUCUGGUGGUUUUGGAAUCUCAGGUGGUAUCAAGGGACCAAAAGGAGAUGGUGAUAGCAGUGGCAGUGACACAUCAGAUGGCCAUGGUGGAAGAAUCAAACGCAAGUUAAAAAUGCCUUCUGGUGGUGGUUUUGGAAUCUCUGGUGGUAUCAAGGGACCAAAAGGAGAUGGUGAUAGCAGUGGUAGUGACACGUCAGAUGGUCAUGGUGGAAGAAUAAAACGCAAGUUAAAAAUGCCUUCUGGUGGUUUUGGAAUCUCUGGUGGUAUCAAGGGACCAAAAGGAGAUGGUGAUAGCAGUGGUAGUGACACUUCAGAUGGUCAUGGUGGAAGAAUAAAACGCAAGUUAAAAAUGCCUUCUGGUGGUUUUGGAAUCUCUGGUGGUAUCAAGGGACCAAAAGGAGAUGGUGAUAGCAGUGGUAGUGACACUUCAGAUGGUCAUGGUGGAAGAAUAAAACGCAAGUUAAAAAUGCCUUCUGGUGGUUUUGGAAUCUCUGGUGGUAUCAAGGGACCAAAAGGAGAUGGUGAUAGCAGUGGUAGUGACACUUCAGAUGGUCAUGGUGGAAGAAUAAAACGCAAGUUAAAAAUGCCUUCUGGUGGUUUUGGAAUCUCUGGUGGUAUCAAGGGACCAAAAGGAGAUGGUGAUAGCAGUGGUAGUGACACUUCAGAUGGUCAUGGUGGAAGAAUAAAACGCAAGUUAAAAAUGCCUUCUGGUGGUUUUGGAAUCUCUGGUGGUAUCAAGGGACCAAAAGGAGAUGGUGAUAGCAGUGGUAGUGACACUUCAGAUGGUCAUGGUGGAAGAAUAAAACGCAAGUUAAAAAUGCCUUCUGGUGGUUUUGGAAUCUCUGGUGGUAUUAAAGGGCCAAAGGGAGAUGGUGAUAGCAGCGGUAGUGACACGUCAGACGGUCAUGGUGGAAGAAUAAAGAGAAAACUCAAAGGACCAAAAGUUGAAAUUGAUGGAAAGGCCAAGGGUGACAAAGAUGAUGACCACAAACAUGGAUUCCACAUGCCAAAGUUCCACAUGCCUAAGUUUGGGUUUGGUGGUGGAAAGUCCAAAGACAAAUCUAAGAAAGGAAAGAGUAAAGAUAUUGGAUUGAAGGGAGAUAUUCAAUUACCAGAUGCUGAGAUUGAAGGUGGAAUCCAGAAAGUGACUGUUGAUAGCGAUCUCCAACAUGAACCACCAUCUAUAAGCUACAGUGGCAGUGAUACGUCAGACGGUGAAGGAGGAAGAAUCAAGAGAAAAUUGAAACUGCCUUCUGGUGGUAUUGGUAUCUCUGGUGGUAUCAAAGGACCCAAAGGUGAUAGCAGUGGUAGUGACACGUCAGAUGGUCAUGGUGGAAGAAUCAAACGCAAGUUAAAAAUGCCUUCUGGCGGUUUUGGAAUAUCUGGUGGAAUCAAAGGACCCAAAGGAGAUGGUGAUAGCAGUGGUAGUGACACAUCAGAUGGUCAUGGUGGAAGAAUCAAACGCAAGCUAAAAAUGCCUUCUGGUGGUUUUGGAAUCUCUGGUGGUAUCAAAGGACCCAAAGGAGAUGGUGAUAGCAGUGGUAGCGAUACAUCAGAUGGUCAUGGUGGAAGAAUCAAACGCAAAUUAAAAAUGCCUUCUGGUGGCUUAGGCUUCUCUGGUGGUAUCAAAGGACCAAAGAGAGAUGGUGAUAGCAGUGGUAGUGACACAUCAGAUGGUCAUGGUGGAAGAAUCAAACGCAAGCUAAAAAUGCCUUCUGGUGGUUUUGGAAUCUCUGGUGGUAUCAAAGGACCCAAAGGAGAUGGUGAUAGCAGUGGUAGCGAUACAUCAGAUGGUCAUGGUGGAAGAAUCAAACGCAAAUUAAAAAUGCCUUCUGGUGGCUUAGGCUUCUCUGGUGGUAUCAAAGGACCAAAGAGAGAUGGUGAUAGCAGUGGUAGUGACACAUCAGAUGGUCAUGGUGGAAGAAUCAAACGCAAGCUAAAAAUGCCUUCUGGUGGUUUUGGAAUCUCUGGUGGUAUCAAAGGACCCAAAGGAGAUGGUGAUAGCAGUGGUAGCGAUACAUCAGAUGGUCAUGGUGGAAGAAUCAAACGCAAAUUAAAAAUGCCUUCUGGUGGCUUAGGCUUCUCUGGUGGUAUCAAAGGACCAAAGAGAGAUGGUGAUAGCAGUGGUAGCGAGACAUCAGAUGGUCAUGGUGGAAGAAUAAAACGAAAAUUAAAACUGCCUUCUGGUGGUAUUGGAAUCUCUGCUGGUAUCAAAGGACCGAAGGGAGAUGGUGAUAGCAGUGGUAGUGAAACAUCUGAUGGAGAAGGUGGAAGAAUCAAGAGAAAACUGAAAAUUCCAGCCAUGAGUGUUGACGGUAAUGCAGAGGGAAAAGAUGUGCAGAAGAAAAAGAAGUUCAAACUGCCCAAGUUCCGGCUGAGUGGAAAGAAAAAGAGCAAGAAGUCUAAAAAAGGAAAGGACAGUGAUGAUGAGGGUGGUAUUAAAACAAACAUUGAAAUACCUUCUGUUGAUGUUGAUGUUAAAGCCUCAAAACCUGAUGACAGCGGCAGUGAAACAUCUGAUGGUGAAGGAGGAAGAAUAAAAAGAAAAUUCAAAGUACCUAAAGUUGGUUUCGGCUUCUCGGGUGGUGCUAAAGGAGACAAAAGAGAUAGUGACAGCGGCAGUGACACCUCUGAUGGUCAAGGAGGAAGAAUCAAACGCAAGUUAAAAAUGCCUUCAGGUGGUUUUGGAAUCUCUGGUGGUAUCAAAGGACCCAAAGGAGAUCGUGAUAGCAGUGAUAGUGACACGUCUGAUGGUCAAGGAGGAAGAAUCAAACGCAAGUUAAAAAUGCCUUCUGGUGGUUUUGGAAUUUCUGGUGGUAUCAAAGGACCCAAACGAGAUGGUGAUAGCACUGGUAGUGACACGUCUGAUGGUCAUGGUGGAAGAAUCAAACGAAAGUUAAAGAUGCCUUCUGGUGGUUUUGGAAUCUCUGGUGGUAUUAAAGGACCAAAGGGAGAUGGUGAUAGCAGCGGUAGUGACACGUCAGAUGGUCAUGGUGGAAGAAUAAAACGCAAGUUAAAAAUGCCUUCUGGUGGUAUUGGAAUCUCGGGUGGUAUCAAAGGACCAAAGGGAGACGGUGAUAGCAGUGACAGUUCUACAUCUGAUGGUGAAGGUGGAAGGAUCAAGAGAAAAUUGAAACUUGCAUCCGGAGGAAUUAAAGGCGGCGCUGGCGGAAAAAUAGAAGGUGAUUUCAAACAUUCAAAAUCGAAAGGUGACAGCAGUGACAGUUCUGACGAUGAAGGACACAAGAAAAAAGGCAAAUUCCACAUUGGUCUGCCGAAGUUUGGUUUUGGCAGUAAAAAGUCAAAAGGAAAGAAGUCCAAGAAAGGAAAGGACAGUGAUACGAGUGGAAGUGAGACCUCUGAUGGUGAAGGAGGAAGAAUUAAACGAAAACUGAAAGCUCCUAAAGUUGGCCUUGGUAUUGAUGCAGGGAUUUCUGGAAAAGGUGACAAAGACAGCGACAGCGACACGUCUGAUGGUAAUGGUGGGAGAAUAAAACGAAAAUUGAAACUGCCUUCUGGUGGUAUUGGAAUAUCUGGUGGUAUCAAAGGACCCAAAGGUGAUAGCAGUGGUAGUGACACGUCUGAUGGUCAUGGUGGAAGAAUCAAACGCAAGUUAAAAAUGCCUUCUGGUGGUAUUGGAAUCUCUGGUGGUAUCAAAGGACCAAAGAGAGAUGGUGAUAGCAGUGAUAGUGACACGUCAGAUGGUCAUGGUGGAAGAAUCAAACGCAAGUUAAAAAUGCCUUCUGGUGGUAUUGGAAUCUCGGGUGGUAUCAAAGGACCAAAGGGAGACGGUGAUAGCAGUGACAGUUCUACAUCUGAUGGUGAAGGUGGAAGGAUCAAGAGAAAAUUGAAACUUCCAUCCGUAGGAAUUAAAGGCGGCGCUGGCGGGAAAAUAGAAGGUGAUUUCAAACAUUCAAAAUCGAAAGGUGACAGCAGUGACAGUUCUGACGAUGAAGGACACAAGAAAAAAGGCAAAUUCCACAUUGGUCUGCCGAAGUUUGGUUUUGGCAGUAAAAAGUCAAAAGGAAAGAAGUCCAAGAAAGGAAAGGACAGUGAUAGGAGUGGAAGUGAGACCUCUGAUGGUGAAGGAGGAAGAAUUAAACGAAAACUGAAAGCUCCUAAAGUUGGCCUUGGUAUUGAUGCAGGGAUUUCUGGAAAAGGUGACAAAGACAGCGACAGCGACACGUCUGAUGGUAAUGGUGGGAGAAUAAAACGAAAAUUGAAACUGCCUUCUGGUGGUAUUGGAAUAUCUGGUGGUAUUAAAGGACCCAAAGGUGAUAGCAGUGGUAGUGACACGUCUGAUGGUCAUGGUGGAAGAAUCAAACGCAAGUUAAAAAUGCCUUCUGGUGGUAUUGGAAUCUCUGGUGGUAUCAAAGGACCAAAGGGAGAUGGUGAUGGCAGUGAUAGUGACACGUCAGAUGGUCAUGGUGGAAGAAUCAAACGCAAGUUAAAAAUGCCUUCUGGUGGUAUUGGUAUUUCUGGUGGUAUCAAAGGACGAAAGGGAGAUGGUGAUAGCAGCGGUAGUGAAACAUCCGAUGGUCAAGGUGGCAGAAUUAAAAGAAAGUUGAAAAUGCCAGGAUUUGGUUUCUCUGGUGGGAUUAAAGGUCCCAAAGGAGAUGGUGAUAGCAGUGGUAGUGACACGUCUGAUGGUCAUGGUGGAAGAAUCAAACGAAAGUUAAAAUUGCCUUCUGGUGGUAUUGGAAUCUCUGGAGGUAUCAAAGGACCAAAAGCUGAUGAUAGUAGUGGUAGCGAGACAUCAGAUGGCGAAGGUGGCAGAAUAAAAAGGAAACUGAAAAUACCAGCUGUAUCAGUUGAAGGUGAUGUGAAAGGAAAAGACAAGAAAAAGAAAUUCAAACUACCUAAAUUCGGAUUUGGCAGUAGUAAAAAGGAUAAAAAGUCUAAAACAAAGAUAGAAAGUGCUAGUGACACUUCUGAUGAUGAUGACACUGAAAUGAAAAAGAGGUUUGAAAUACCAACAUUAGACGUUGAUGUCAAGGCAUCCAAGCCCGAUGACAGCGGCAGUGAAACAUCGGAUGGUCAGGGUGGAAGAAUUAAAAGAAAACUAAAACUUCCAAAGGGUGAUUUCGGUAUCUCUGGUGGUGUCGAAGGACCUAAAGCUGAUGACAGUGGCAGUGAAACAUCUGAUGGUCAAGGUGGUAGAAUUAAAAGAAAGUUGAAAAUGCCAGGAUUUGGUUUCUCUGGUGGUGUUAAAGGAGACAAAGGAUAUAGUGAUAGUGGCAGUGAAACCUCGGAUGGUGAAGGAGGAAAAAUUAAAAGAAAACUAAAAUUGCCCAAAGCUGGAUUCGGCAUUUCUGGUGGUAUCAAAGGAUCAAAACCAGAUGAUGAUAGUGGCAGUGACACAUCCGAUGGUCAAGGUGGAAGAAUAAAACGUAAACUCAAAAUGCCUUCUGGUGGCAUUGGUAUCUCUGGUGGCAUCAAAGGUCCCAAAGGAGAUGAUGAUAGCAGUGGUAGUGAAACAUCCGAUGGUGAAGGUGGGCGUAUAAAGAGAAAGUUGAAAAUCCCAGCUGUAGGAAUCGAGGGAGACGUGAAACAUGACGACAAGCAGAAGAAAAAGAAAUUCAAACUUCCUAAAUUCGGAUUUGGUGGUAGUAAGAAGGACAAAAAGUCAAAAACAUCGAAAGAAGGUGACUCCUCAAAUGACGAUGCUGAAAUGAAAAAGAAGUUUGAAAUACCAACUUUGGACGUUGAUGUAAAAGCAUCCAAACCCCACGACAGCAGUAGUGAUACCUCGGACGGUGAAGGUGGAAGAAUAAAACGAAAGCUGAAGAAACCUAAAUUUGGAAUUGGUUUUGGUGGUGUGUCGGGAGGAGUUUCUGGUGGUAUCAAGGGAAGUAAAGGUGACGACAGCAGCAGUGAUACCUCGGACGGUGAAGGUGGAAGAAUAAAACGAAAGCUGAAGAAACCUAAAUUUGGAAUUGGUUUUGGUGGUGUGUCGGGAGGAGUUUCUGGUGGUAUCAAGGGAAGUAAAGGUGACGACAGCAGCAGUGAUACCUCGGACGGUGAAGGUGGAAGAAUAAAACGAAAGCUGAAGAAACCUAAAUUUGGAAUUGGUUUUGGUGGUGUGUCGGGAGGAGUUUCUGGUGGUAUCAAGGGAAGUAAAGGUGACGAUAGCAGCAGUGAUACCUCGGACGGUGAGGGAGGAAGAAUAAAACGAAAAUUGAAAAUGCCUAAGUUUGGAAUUGGAGGAGGCGUUUCUCAGAAAGCAGAUAUUCCAAGCACGGAUACAUCGGUGAAACUUGACUCUGGCGAUAUUGGCCUCCUUGUGUCUGAUUUCGAUAGUGCUAGCCCAAAGAUUGAUCAAGGCUUCUCAAUAUCAAAGCCGACGCCAAUUUCUGUGGACGUACCCACAUUACCAGAACGUGUAAUCGAAGUUGAGUCAACGCCUGAUGACGAUCUUUUCUCAGCUCCUAGUGGAUUUGGAAGUGCCGACAUAGAAUACACAACAGACAAAAAACCUGGCUUCAUAUCUGGUGGAAGUUCUGUUUCAAAACCAUCUGGCGCAGUCGACGAAAGCGUCUCGCGUUCUGCCCGCGAAUUACCUGACAUAAAACGUGACUUCGAUUUUGGUGUCAUUGACUUUGGUGACAUAGAAGCGGACGAGAACAUUAGCGUGUCUACUGGGGGUGGUAAUCUCUUCUCGGCUCCUCCCGGUGGAUCGUUGUUUGCAAGCGCUGGCAUAGAAUACGAGACGGACGAAAAACCUGUUGAAAUUUCAGUCCCAAAACCCACUGGUCCUGUCGUAUCUGAAGAAGUCACACGUUCUGCCCGCGAAAUACCAGACAUAAACCGUGACGUCGAUUUCGGAAAGAUCGAGGUAGACGUUCCAUCAUCUGGCGAACAUACAGUACCGACCAAGAGAUACUCGGCAAGCUCUGCAGCUCGCUUACGAACGAGUUCAACUGACACAGAUGACACCACACUGGACACAAGUAUACAGGAUAUGGGUCCAGCCGAUAUCAAGCAGUUCAUAUUUAAAACACAACGUCAAGGUCGUCCUGGUCUUUCAACAAGCCUCUCUGGAGAUGCAAGCACAACCAGUACGAGAUCAACAGUCACGAAAGAAGCGGUGAUGGUUCCUAAAUUGGAAACACAUGGUGCAACUUCGUAUUCAUCCUCAUCAAGAGUCCAGACGUCAUCUACAACCGUUACUAAAACCUUCGCAGCAAAAUCCACGAAAUUCGAGUCGUCGAGCACCAGUUUUGGUGUUGCUGAGCCUGCACUUGAAUCCUCUGUGGAAACCAAAGUUGAAACCAGUGCCGAAAUGGACGAACUCGAAACGUCCUUCAAUACAAUGGACCCUGGUGAUAUCAAGAAGUUGAUCUUUUCAUCGUCACGCACUGGGCGUCUCAGUUUACCUCCCGAAAAGGAUAGUACAUCAGGUUACAAGCGCCGACCUGUAUCAAUGGACGUCUCUCGCACGUACGGGGCGCCGAAAACGUCUGGCCUUUCAACCGGUGCCAGAUCACAAUCUACCGAGGAUCUUACAAGUGACAAGACUCGACUACCAAAACCUGUGACGGUGAUAAUAAAAGAUGAUGAUUCAACAACUGCUGGCACAACGACGACAACAUCCAUGAAAACGGCAAGCAGUGUAACGCAACAGUCGUACUCUAGCAAACAUGUAUACUCUAGACAAGGAGAUACGGGUCUUGGCUUCCAAGGUUUGAAAGGAAUCGCAGCUGAAGAACAUACCCUUGGCACAGUUUCCACCGAAAGAACGAUAAGCUCCUCCACGACUAUGUCCAGUAGUUCCUCUUCGAGAAUAACGAUGACAUCACAAAGCAAUGUCCGCAAGGUUCCAAGUUUAUCCCGAACAUUCCCCGAGCUUCUAGACGAAGAAAUCCGCCAAGUGAAAGCCUCUUCCGAGAAAAGUGAUUCGAUUGAAGACAAACGGCGUUGGUCCAUGGAAAAACGAUCAGAAUGGAUGCUCUCGAGUCCAACAUCAGAUUCAGCACAACCUAGCGCGGAAGGUGGUCAGAAACGACUGACGUUACGAGAGCGCAAGCGACUUCUACUGGGACACCAAGAUGAGAAGGAUCCAACGGACAAAGCUUAAUAAAACUUAAAUAGAACUUUCGUUGAACAGAUUAUCGAACACGCAUUAUAGAUAUAUACCUUACAAACAUUUAGUUAUUUUAGAUUAGGUAAAUUAGUUUUAGAUUAUAUAGUUUUUGUUCGUGAUUGACACAAAUGAAUAACAUUUGCACGGUUUAAGACAUUAAACAAUGAGAGUCCAUUUGAAGGAUAUUGGAUUUAAUUGCACGGUUGAUAUUUAACAUCGUACUUUAUUUAAUUAUAUUUUUGAGAUUCUAUAUUUCAUAAAUUUUGUGUGACGGACAGAUACUUAAAGGCAGAUUAACUGCCAAUGGUAGUAGUUUAUAUAUGCGAGUUUCGUGAAUGCCUUAACUAGAGUAUUAAAUUUUUGAUGAUUAUUUAACUUAACCAUACAGGAAAUGAAUUCGCAAGCAAGCACUUGCCAAUUUCGCAGCAACAGAAUUUGCUAACAAUUGAAAGUUUGUUUCUAUUUUAACGCAAAAGCAACUUGUAUAUAUUAGCUUUAAGUUGGUAAUUUCAUACACACAAAUAAUUAUUUUACCAAACACUGAAAAAAAUUUCUCCUGUUAUCGCUUUCACGAAGUUUGUAUAAAUAUAGAUAUAGUAUAAUAUUGGAUAGGUUAAAUAUAUAAUUAAAUAUUUUGUAAAAAAUAGUUUAGGUAAGUUCUGCAUAUAUAAUAAGUGUUGAUGACUAAUACUCGUGCAUCAAAACGGUUGAUUUCGCAAACAAAUUGUAAUAAUAGUUUUUCUCGAGUUUUAUUUGCAGAAUUAAUUUAAUUAUUAAAUCAUGUU